UGUGAGGUGCAAACAAUCCACGCCGCGGGGAAAUGAAGGCUUUGACGCGGGGGUCCCACUUUAUGAUUGAGGGAGGGACUACAAGGGCGUGCGUGUGCACGUGUGCGCGCGUGCAUAAUAUUCCCACCCGCUUCCUUUCCCGGCGGGACUGCGCGCCGGGAGCAGGUAGAAGAGCAUCACCCACGUCGCGCACCUGCGGGCCAACUUCUCCCACGCAGCUUCGGUGUUGAUCCCUUCAGCAGGCCCAGCUUCUGCUGUCCGCAGCGGCCAUGAUGACUUACUACAUGGAUCCAGUUUCUUCCUAUCCGGCCCUUCACCCCUGUGACCGUCUGGGCGCGACGAAGCAGAGCGGGGGAGUCGCCGUUUGUCCUCAGUUUCAUCUUCCGGCUGUUGUCCACCCUCAGCAGCAGCACUUCUGCCCCUCACAGCCGCUCUACCCCCACCAACAUGUGCCCCUGCAGGAGGUCCCCAAUGGACGUGACAUGUGUCCCACAGAUCCGGAGUGUGGCGAUAUUCCCUUGCUAACUCCCGGAAGCAAAGAGAUGAUGUCCCAAGCUCUGAAGGCCACGUUCAGCGGCUUCACCAAAGAACAACAGCGGCUGGGCAUCCCCAAAGACCCCAGACAGUGGAGCGAAAACCACGUGGCGGCAUGGCUAACGUGGACCGUGAACGAGUUCAGCCUGAAGAACGUGGACUUUGACAAAUUCCGCAUGAACGGCGGGAUCCUGUGCGCCAUGGGCAAGGAGCGCUUCCUGGACUUGGCGCCCGACUUUGUGGGCGACAUCCUUUGGGAGCAUUUGGAAAUGCUUCAAAAAGAGGAUACAAAGCAUUACCCCAACAACGGACUGACCUCCAACUUCCAGGAAUCCCGUUAUACCUCAGACUACUUUGUCAGCUACGGCGUCGAGCACGCCCAGUGCGUCCCCCCCUCCGAAUACUCCGAGCCCAGCUUCAUCACCGAGUCCUACCAGACCCUCCACCCCAUCAGCUCGGAGGAGCUGCUGACGCUCAAAUACGAGAGCGAGUACCCGGCCGUCAUCCUGCGGGACACGCCCCUCAACCCCCUGCCGGGAGACUACUUUUCCAUCAAGCAGGAGGUGGUGUCCCCUGACAACAUGUGUGUGGGACGCCUGAGCAGAGGUAAACUCGGGGGCCAGGAUUCUUUCGAGAGCAUCGAGAGCUUCGAGAGCUGCGACCGGCUGACGCAGUCGUGGAGCAGCCAGUCGUCGUUCAGCAGCCUCCAGCGAGUACCGUCGUACGACAGCUUCGACUCGGAGGACUACCCCACGGCGCUGCACGGCCACAAGCCCAAGGGCACCUUUAAGGACUACGUGAGGGAGCGCUCGGACCUCAGCAAGGACAAGCCCGUCAUCCCCGCAGCGGCGCUGGCGGGAUACACAGGUACCGGGCCCAUCCAGCUGUGGCAGUUUCUGCUGGAGCUGCUGACCGACAAAUCUUGCCAGUCCUUCAUCAGCUGGACAGGCGACGGCUGGGAGUUCAAGCUUUCCGACCCAGAUGAGGUUGCUCGGAGGUGGGGCAAGAGGAAAAACAAGCCUAAGAUGAACUACGAGAAGCUGAGCCGCGGCCUGCGUUACUACUACGACAAGAACAUCAUCCACAAGACGUCGGGGAAACGCUACGUGUACCGCUUUGUCUGUGACUUAAAAAGCCUGUUGGGCUACACCCCCGAGGAGCUGCACGCCAUGUUGGACGUAAAGCCUGACACGGACGAGUGAACGUAGAAAAAAACCGAAGCAACGUUAAGACGGCGAAGCUAUGUGGACUUAUAAAGUGGGGGGAGGGGACCAAAAAUGUUUUUAUCGACUUCCCGGUUUUGUCGUCUAAUAGUGUUUGUCGGAUGGGGGACACAAAGCCAAAAGCCUGUAUUCAUAUCCUGUUGUGUGGGACUCCAGCAAGAGGACAGUCGUUUUCAGCUUGGACCAAAAAGUCACUUAUAAACUGUCUGAGAGAAGACGCAGUGUUAUUUAACGGACGCAGACCACAAGCACCGUGCAACAGGUCUACGAUAAAUGAACACGUAUCCACAAGCAAAGUGGAAGCCAAGUAGAAGAAGCCUUGACGUGCUGACUGGGGCGAGGGACCACUCAUAACAAGAGUGU